CCGUCCUCGAAGAUUUCAGUACGUCAAGAAGAAUGGGAGAGGCGUCUGCACGACGUGAAUGUCACGAAACAUGACUUGAAUCGCCUCGUCAUGGAUUAUCUCGUCAUUGAGGGCUUCAAGUCUGCUGCUGAGGAGUUUGGUCGUGAAUCCGGGCUUGUUGCGCCUGUAGAUCUGGACAGCAUUGAGAGUCGGAUGAAUAUCCGGGAAGCUCUGCAGCGUGGUGAUGUUGGGGAGGCGAUUGCCCGUGUCAACGACCUGGACCCUGAGAUUCUGGACACGAAUCCGGCCUUGUAUUUCCGUCUCCAGCAACAGAAGCUCAUUGAGUACAUCCGUCAAGGAAAAAUUGCCGAAGCUCUCGAAUUCGCCCAGGUUGAGCUCGCACCCCGUGGAGAAGAGAGUCCGGAGUUCCUGGCUGAGCUCGAGAAGACAAUGGCGUUGCUCGCGUUCGAGUCUUCGCCAUCGGCCCCUCAGUCAAUCCUAGAACUGCUGUCUCCUGCACAGCGGCUGAAGACGGCGGGCGAGGUUAACGCGGCCAUUCUGGAGAGUUUCAGCCAAGGCAAGGAUGCGAAGCUCGUCGGUUUGCUGAAGCUCUUAUGUUGGGGCGAGACGAUACUGGAGGAGAAAGCGGACUUUCCAAAGCUGGAUCUUACCGAAGGCACCUUUGCCAAGCCUCGCUAAUGUCUUCUUGGUACUGCGUCCUCUCACAUCAGCGUUGUACAGCAUGUCUCAAUCACUGUAUAUUACUGUACACCCUUGCACACGGAAUCCGGAAGAUCUCUAUUAAUUU